UCACCAGUUUCUGAAUCUGUAUCUCUUGAGUCGAUUCACUAUCCUGCCUUGUAUUCUUCGUGUGUUUAGUAAUGCCUGAGUGUUUACAAUCACUUUGGUAUACCGAAACAUGGCUCCUGUCAGAGGAACAGGUUGCUUACCAAAAUAGUUAACCGAGAUCAGAAGCUAAACCUUACCAUUUUUAAGAGAUUUUAAUACUCACCAAGGAGUGCUGGCUGUCCAUACAUAGUUUUUUGUUUGCGUUUGGCACUUUGAUCGCCACAGAUUCGCGUCGGUUUUCAACGCAUUUUCUGAGCUAAGAAAGCCGCCUAGCUAAGGUGGCCGCAGUAAACGAGGGACAAUGACGACGAGCACAGCUGGGACCGGCAAUUGUUUUACAGCUAAAAGUCUGGACAUUAGUCUUGCCGCUUUAAAAAGGCAAGACCCCUAUAUCAACAACAUAGUCGAUGUGGCUAGCCAAGUGGCGCUCUAUACGUUCAGCAAUAAAGCAAAUGAAUGGGAGAAGACGGAUGUGGAGGGAACCCUAUUUGUGUACACCAGGUUAGCAUCGCCCAGACAUGGCUUCACCAUUAUGAACCGCCUCAGCAUGGAUAACCUGACAGAACCGAUAACUAAGGAUUUGGACUUCCAGCUGCAGGACCCCUUUCUGCUCUACAGAAACGCCCGAUGGUCCAUCUAUGGCAUCUGGUUCUAUGACAAAGAGGACUGCCAGCGAAUAGCAGAGCUGAUGAAGAAUCUGACGCAGCAGGAGCAGCUCCUGGCACAGCAGGGGGAGGGAGCUUCUCCGGGAUCUUUUCCUGCUAGGGAUGGCAAAGGAGUUGACAUUCUGCAAAUGUUGACCAAAGCCCGAGUCGAAUACGAUAAGGGAAAGCCAGCUUCAGAGCCCAAGGAAAUAGCCAGCAGCAGCGUGAUCCAUGACAACCCCAAUCUGAUUAAACCCAUUCCAGUCAAGCCCCUGGAAAGGCAUGCUCCCAGCCACCAACAUCCCCCGCAGGACACUGACACAAAACCCAAACAUCAUUUGCUGGCUGCCCUUUUCGGGGCGCCCUCCAGGCCUGAAGAUCUGCCUCCACCUACAACAUCAGGACUCGGUGGAGGGCGCCCUCCAGUGGCUCGUUCCCUAUCCUACGAGGAGCCUGGCCAGAAGGGUGGCAUUAAGCCGGCGCCAUCUACCCCGGCCCAGCCCUGUGCAGCUAUUGAGAAGCUGAUGGCGGCGCAGCGUGGCCCAGGGGAGCUGCUGCAGCCUGUGUCCGAAUCACCAGAAAACCGGCUGUGUGAGAACGGCGGGGCGGCUCCUACCCACAGUCGGCCCGCAGACCCCCUGCAGAGACUUUUCCCAGACCCCUCUGCUUCCUGCUGCCCCCAUGGAGCCCAUGCCCAGUCAGCACCAGUCCUCCACUGCCUCCAGCCAGCCCCAGCCCCGACUCAGCCCCAAACCCAGGCUGACCUUGCCCAGCCACUUUUCUUCAGCCCCAGCAAGCCCUCGCAGGUCUCCCCCCAAGAGUUGCUGCAGCGUCUUCAGCUGGUGCAGCAGGAGCUGAGUCAAGCUGCCGAGCCCCCCCGACCCCCGCUUGCACCGCGCUUCCAGGAACCAUCCACCUGGGCCGAUAGGGCAGCCCCUGCACCCGCCCCUCCUGCCUCUGCACUACCUGUCACUCACAAGCCCAACCCACUCUUCCAGGUGAUCUCCCCCCAGCGUAUUCCCGCCACCGUGGCUCCCACCCAGUUGCUGUCGCCCAUGGCCUUCUCCCAGACCAAGCCCUCCAAGCCUGUCACUGACCCGUGCCCCCCCUCCACCUCACUGAUUCCCCCUCACACUCUGACUCGGAGUCAGCUCCAAGCCACACUUCUGCAUCUCAUCCAGAAUGACGCUGCCUUUCUGGACACCAUCUAUGAGUCUUACGUUGUCACGGUCACCCAAGAUACAGCUGCAAAAAACUUCUGAAUGGGCGAACUGGGGAUGGACACCAAUGCCACCAUUUGUAGCCACUUUGUUUCAGUAAUUUGACCGAAACGUCUUUAGCUGUACACAUUUAAUUUAAAAUUUUAAAGUUGCAAUUUGAUUUUACAGUUCUAUUAUUAUCAUAAGAGUAAGCAGCAAGACAUUUUAUACGAGAUGUAUGCAACCUGGUCUGCCAUUUUAAUGUGCUUGUAUAUGGUGUGUCCCUGCCGUAAUGAAGUGGUACCCCAGCCUUAAAAAGACUUUCUCAUUAACAACAACUAGCCUGGGACCCCUGGGGGGUGUAUUCCACAAAGCAGAUUUUUUUUUCCAUUAGCUACAGCUUAAGCCAAAUGGAAGGAUUGUCCAGUAGCAAUGUUACUUAGCUCUCCUCCUACUGGACGUUUUUCACAUUUGGCUUUAGUUAUCCAGUUAAACUUGGAAAUUCUGCUUUGUGGAAUACACCCCCCCCAGGUCUCUACAGUACACAGGGAAAACACCUCAGACUCAAGCCAGCUCUGUUCCGGAAACCCCAUUCUGCUUCCUAAGACUCAUAAGCAAUGGAAAAUAUUUUAUUUUACGAAACACAAAAUAGAUAUUUUUCUAUUGUGCCAUAAUGUGUUCUUGAUAAGCAGGUGAAAUCCUAUUUUACAUUUUUUUUGUAUAGGGGAAAAAAAGCCCAUUCUUACAAACUGGAGUCUUAUGUCCAGAGUUUCAGUUUUACUCAUUUAUUUUAAAUGGAUAAAUCAAUAAAUAAAGUGUUUUGUUUUGACCAUCUUAAAA